AUGGCAAGCUAUUUUGAGGAACGUAACGUUAAUGAAAAUGAAGAAACUAAUGAUCGUAUUCAGCGUUUAACAAGAGAAACAUUUCGUAUGAUUUUUGAUCAAGAUCCUUAUCAAUAUGAUAAUAUUGUAAAUAAUCAAAUCACACCUCCUGCGUCAAAAUCAGAAAUUGAUAAAUUGAAAAUUGUCUCACAUGAUAAACUGUUGGGUAAAAUCUCUAUACUAUACCUAUGUAUUAUUUUUAUUUAUUGAAAAAACUGUUGUUUUAGGUGAACAAUGCCCAAUAUGUUUGUCACCCUAUCAAUUAGAACAGAAAGCUUUGACCAUGCCUUGCGAUCAUGUAUUUCAUGAGGAGUGCUUAAAAACGUGGCUCAAAAAGGUAACAAUAUUAAUGUGUGCAAAAAUAUAUCAUAAAUUAUUAAAAUUAGCCCCUCCCCCAUGUUUAUCAUGCCAGUUUAAUUACCCUUUUUCUUUAAUCAUUUUAAAAAUAAUUUGAUUAAGAUUUUGUCAACACCAAUUUCAGUUUUAGAAAUUAAAUUCAAUAUUGAUUUUUUUUUCUUGCAUGUGAAAUAAUGGUUUGUGAUUUAACGUUAAUUCACCAACACUAUCAAUUGCUUAAACUACACCUUAAACAUUUAUAUAUAUUUGUUUUAUUUGUUAGAGCAACUUUUGUCCACUCUGCAAACUCGAACUUGGAACUGACAAUGAGCUAUAUGAAUUAUAUAAAAAAGAGUUGAAAAAUAGACAAAUCAGAGAAAGAAACAUUGAAGAACUUCAUAAUUCCAUGUUCUCUUAA